AGUGAGAUCUGUGAAAGUGAAAACCAUGUGACACAGUAUAUAAAACCCAUUUUCCAUUCACUAAAAAUUACAUCAUUUUUUCAUUCAUAGAUUUUUUCAUAUGAGGAUUCGUAAAAACGCUAAACUUUCCCCUCUUCUAUUCACUUGUUCAUCUUCAUUGCUACAAAAUGGUUCAUUUUCACCUCAAAAUCUUCAAACACACAUUUGUCAGCUUAACCAAUCUCCAUGGGAUGUGAUCCCCUUUGUCUCCAACAGCUCCUCCUCGAUUCACCAGUUCGAAGAUGAAGAAGAUGGUUUCAAAAAUGGGGAUUCCUUUGGAGCUUUUGAUGAAAGUGUGGCUUCGAUGAUGGAAACUGAAGUUGUUGAUGUUGAUAACAAACCUGGGAUUGAAACUUUUGAUAUGAUGGUGUUUGACGAUAAUAAGGUGGUUAAUAAUAAUGGUGGCAGCAGCAAAGGUUUGAAGAGAAACUCGAAUGGGGGCGGGAGCAUUGAGGCGCCACGACGCUGUAGAGGCCGACCGAAGAAGUCGCUGGUGGGUUCAGCUUCGGGUUCGAAUAGUAAUGAAUUCUAUUAUUAUUCUGGGUUUGGUCCAUCGCGGAGGAAACAACGAAAGGGUGAUUGUAAAAGUGAAGGUGAAGAUAACAAGAGUGUUGUGGAAUUAGGUUCUACUAGUAGUGAUAAUGUUAAGGUUAAUGUUGGUGAUAAUAAUGUUGUUCCUAGUGUGGAUGCUAAUGUUGUUACUUGUUCGGAGGGAUUGGAUUGUGUUGAAGAUUAUGAGGAUGAUUAUGAUGAUUCUGGUGAUGAUAAUGGGAAUAGGAGAACAAGGAAGCCAGUGAAAGAAAGGUCCCUAAAAUCCUUAAUGUGAGAAGGGAUAUUUAUAUAGGGUUGGGGUUUAAUGUUGUAUUGUUAUUUUUUGGUGAAUUUCAACGUUGUAUUGUUUUUUUUUUUUUUUUUGACAAGUAUUGUUGUUCUUACUGUUGUGUUGUUCUAAUUCUGGUGAUAUUUAGGGUGGAUUAUGAGUAUCUUUUAGUAAGAUAUUCUAAUUUAAAGAAGUAUUAUUGUCAUUGUUUGACCGAUUUACAGAA